UUUGAGCGACUCUCAUGGUCACGGGAGAAUCGUCCCCACAUCCCCAGACAGGCAUUUCUGGGAGCAGGGAAUACCAAAUGGGACUGGAGGAAUUUCCAGCAUCUUCAAAUAUCAUUUAGGAACCGAGGCCAUUCAGCCGAGCCCGGGGUGGUGGCAGACUGGACUACAUCGCUGGGCCAAGGUGUCUGUUACAUUGGGAUACAGAUUGUUUACACGUUUUACAUCGGCGGAAAACUGGGAUGUGAAUGCACAGGAUUCACACAAGGAGUUCAUACAUGCAAGACAACUUGCGCCAGCUGGUGCAGUGUAUUAUUCUUGUUGCCAAAAUAUUGUUCAUCGCCGGGGUAGGAUAUCAUCUGACUGAGCAGCUAAUACGACAGAGGCCCCGAUUAAUUUUAAGGUCUGCACUGUGGACAGAUUCCUUACCUUCUGACAAGGGAUAUUGGGGAACAGACAUUUAGACAGUAUUUCUUUCCCUGAAGUGUUUGGACGUGCCAGCUGUGUCCUACAAAUAAUUUAUUCUCGACAACACCAGUCUCUAAAUCCUUGCCUACCACAGACGAAUGCCAGAGAAGGACGCGCCACUAAAUCGCCUCAUCACACUCUGGAAAAUGUUAAUCGGAUAUAAUUUGCUGCAAAUCUAGAUCCGGAAGCCCAAUGAGUGACACACAGUCCAGCUUCACUGACAGGUUUCCCAAGAAAGCAAAUAGAACUAGCAGCAUUCUCAGUAAAGACCACCCCCCAGACAAGAAACCCAAAAGUGACAAAACCUCACUUCCCUCCAAUGAGUUUGACCCUACAGAAGCUCUGGUGGUGCAGAAGAGUGGCAGCAGCAGUGUGCUAGCAGAGGGGAAGCCUGAGUCCUGUGGUCUGGUCCAGCGAUGUGUGAUCAUCCAGAAAGAUGAAAACGGCUUUGGGCUCACCGUCAGCGGCGACAACCCAGUGUUUGUGCAGCUUGUCAAAGAAGAUGGUGCUGCUAUGCGAGCAGGUGUUCAGACAGGAGACAGGAUCAUCAAGGUUAAUGGGACCCUUGUUACACAUUCUAAUCACAUCGAGGUGGUGAAGCUUAUCAAAUCGGGCUCCUAUGUGGCCCUCACAGUGUUGGGGCGUCCGCCAGGGCUCCCCCAGAUUCCCUUGUCGGAAGCAGAGUCCGAAAUGUUGGGCGUAAGCAUUUCCUCUCCAAACUCACCAGCAGCAGAACGCCCCUAUAGUCCUCUAGACCGCUUCUCCUCCGCUCACACAUCAUGGGAUGAGAACAGCAGUGUCUGCAGCCAGAGGGUUGACAACUUACAAAAGACGCUAUUAAGAGAACAGCAGGAGCUCCAGGCCAUGAAGGAAGAGUACAGCAGGAACCCCUCCCCCAAACUACUGAAAGACAUCCAGGAAGCUAAAAAACACAUUCCUCAGCUGCAGGGUCAGCUCUUAAAGGCCACUGGGGCAUCACAGGAGGCGGUUCCAGGUGGUGAUGCAGAUGAUGGUAGCAUGUUUGAAACCGAGCACACCCCGGGCUCUAAGGGAGACAACAGUACUGACCUGUCUUGGAUCAGCUCUCCUAUAUCUCGGGGAUUUGGUCUUAGCUCUCCAGACAGCCUGUGCCACAGCCCAAAGAGCACUCCCAGGAACAGCUUAAACUCCUGCCACUCUCCAGAGGCUGAGGACGCCACUGACCUGGACUCUCUGUCCCCUACUACAGUAAACAGCCCUUCUUCCUCCCGCCUCGUCUCACAAAUCAUUGGAGCAGAGGAUGACUACUUUGAUUCAGACCAGGAGCAGACAAAUGGCCAGUGUAACAAUUUUAAUAGCAUCGAUCAGCUCAAGUCUCGGCCGGCCCACCUCGCAGCCUUCCUUCACCAUGUCAUCUCUCAGUUCGACCCUGCUCCUGUGUUGUGCUACCUCUACGCUGACUUCUACAAGCAGACCAACUCCAAAGAGACUAGACGGGUGUUCAUGGACCUCCACACCUUUUUCAUUGACCGGGGAGCAAAUUUAAAGGUUGCUGUCCCUGAAUCCAUCUCUGCUGAUCUUGAUCGACGUCGUACAGAACUGAUCCCAGAGGAAAUAAACCGACAACAUGUUCAAACACUGCAGGACUCACUGCUCCCCGACAUUCAGAGGAACCUUGAGGAUUUCAGGCAGAAGCGCAGUAUGGGCCUGACAGUGGCUGAAGUAGAGUUGGCCAGACUGGACCAGGAAAGAGUCCGUGACCGUGUCACUCUGGAGCGAGAACGCUCCUAUGCUGAAAACAUCAUCGCCAAAAUAGAGGAUAUCCUGUUAUCUACUCAGACCACAGAGGAAGAGAAAUGCACUACAAUGCAGUAUGUCAUAUAUACAUACAUGAAGCACCUUGGUGUGAGGGUAAAGGAACCUCGCAGUCUAGAGUCCAAACGGGUCAGGAUCAACUUUCUCCCCAAGAUCAAGAAAAGCAUCAAGACUGAAAAAGAAGGAGAGGAGAAAGUGAAGAAACCUAGAUUUCCCAGCAUCUUAGGACCCCAGCGUCGACCCAGCCGCAUUGAGGCAGCAUCAGUGGGGAAAUCCUUGGAUGGUCGCCCCAGACCUCAGAAGCAGUUGUCGCAGCCUUCACUGGGUGCAAAUGAUCACACAGAAGGUGGUCGUCUACGAGGCAGCCAAUCAAGCGAGGGCUCUGAACUCACACACUCCACAUCCGUCAACACCUCAUCCCCAAGCAGCGCCAACUUUAGCUCCGACACGAGCCGAGAUAAUGAAAUGGGUGGAACUCCAACCUCAGGCCCCUCCAGGCUGAGUGACGGCCUUCAGUCUGACCCUCUGGAUGGCUCGCCGUACCCUGCAACGCACGUAGACCUUUACAACCUGGACCAACUCCAAGAGGAUGACAGAGAAAGUGAUAGAGCUCACGAGGGAACACCAAAGGCCAUAAGAAGGCUUGAUGGACUUGGUCCUGCAGAUGUCCAGAGCGAAGACGACCAAGGAACAGAUUCUGAGCACGACCCUCCAAACUGGCAGCAGCUGGUGGGGAGAGAGAUCCUAGCAGGUCUCCGGCCCCAGGAAAUCAAGAGACAAGAAGUGAUUAAUGAGCUGUUUUACACUGAAAGAGCACACGUGCGGAUGCUGAAAGUUUUGGACCACGUUUUCUACCAAAAGCUCUCCAAAGAGGCCAUCCUGCCUCCUGCUGACAUCAAGAACAUCUUUACCAACCUGGAGGAGAUUCUCCUGCUGCAUGUUUCAAUACUGGAGCAAAUGGCAGCCGUUCGGAAGAGAAAUGAGUCUUCAGUAAUUGAUCAGAUAGGAGACGACUUGCUAUCCUGGUUCAGCGGCGGAGAGGAGGAGAAGAUCAAGCAGGCGGUGGGGACGUUCUGCAGUAACCAGCCGUUUGCUUUGGAGAUCAUCAAGACCAAGCAGAAGAAAGACUCACGCUUCACUUCAUUCAUCCAGGAGGCAGAGAGUAACAGACUGUGUCGCCGACUGCAGCUUAAGGACAUCAUUCCUGUCGAGAUGCAGCGACUCACCAAGUACCCCCUGCUACUAGAAAACAUCGCUAAGUACACAGACAGUACAUUGGAGAAGGACAAAGUGAAGCAAGCCGCAGACUGCUGUAGGAAGAUUCUCAAUCACGUCGACCAGGCUGUGAAGGAAUCUGAGGACAAGCAGAGGUUGGAGGACUAUCAGAGAAGAUUGGACCUCUCCUCUCUAAAGCAGACGGACAACCCCAUGAUCCUGGAGCUAAAGAACUUGGAUCUAACUAAGAAAACGAUGAUGCACGAGGGUCCGCUGUCAUGGAAAGUCAAUAAGGACAAGACAAUUGAGCUGUACACACUGCUCCUGGAGGACAUCCUCGUUCUUCUACAGAAACAAGAUGAGCGUCUAAUCCUCAAGUGUCAUAGUAAAAACCUGGCAGGCACAGCAGAUACCAAACAUAUCUUCAGCCCAAUCAUCAAACUCAACACUGUGCUGGUGCGCUCUGUAGCCACAGACAACAAGUCCUUCUUCGUCCUCUCCAUGUCAGACAAUGGAGCUCAGAUCUAUGAGCUGAUGGCACCCACAGUCUCAGACCAGAGAACGUGGCAGCGUCUGAUCACCCAGAGAGCUGAAGCCAUGAAAGUCAAACCUCACAGUGUUAUACCAUUACCUCAGACUGACGGGGAGAGAGACGGUGUGGAGAUCAUUACGGCUGGUGUUUCCAGGCUGAGCAGAGACUCAGACCGCACAUCCACUGGCAGCACCCAGUCCACAGAUAAAGAGAACAGUCCAGCCUCUGGAAAUGUGAUACAGAGUUGUCUACCAGGCAGUAAUCCAUUUGAGGGAGGGAAGGAAGAGGAAGAGGAGGAAGAAGGUUUUGUGGACCCAGAGCUUCCUUACCAAGUGGCUGAGGACAGAAAAGAAGCUGACUCAUUUAACAUGUUUCCCUCCAGAGCUGACGAAGCACUGAAAACAUUGGCAGCAUUAAAGCAGGUGUUGGUGACCCAGCUGAUGUCCCAGGAGGCUGUAGAGCAAACCAAACGCUCCACCGGUGCUCGUCUCCUCAGGACCACCUCUUUGCGGACCCCUGUAGACAGUCGUGCCCGGGUGAUGGUUCACAACGGCUCAGAUAAGAACAGCUCCCAGACAGAGGACCGGACUCAGGACCUGGGCUCUGGAGACACAGGCUUCUUUGAUUCUCCCGAAGAUUAUGGAUAUUUAGUACUGGAGGGUUAUGGUGGCCAAGGGGAGAGCAGCACAGAUGAUGACAUCUUGGCAUCAACCACAGGGAAGCAGCUGCGCACCUCACAAGGCUGUGCCGCCGACUCUGGCAUCAACUUGAGGUUCUCUUCAACAUCACAGGCUGGCAGCCUCUCCUCUUUUAGCAGACAGGUCCUGUCUCAUCUAAGAAACCUUCAAGCCAACCUUAACUUUCUGAAGGAGGUGGAGGCGAAGUACAAUAAUCUAAUACGCCAAAGGCCAGAGAGGGCAGCAGCAGACACAGAUGGAAAUAAAGAUAAAAGAUAGUGGGAGUCCGUGCCUCAGCAUUCAGCUCUGGUCCCACAGAGGAAGUACCGACUCGUAGUCUGUGCUUACUUCUCGUGUCCUGGACUUUUCGGGACAUUCCAUAAGCUUGUCCUCUCACUGCUGAGCCCCUCCUUUUUUUUUUUUUCUAUCACCGUUGUCCCACGGUCCACACAGAGAAUGAGAGACUUAAAUAUAAGCGGAAUCGGAUGAAGGAGGAGUCAUCUCUGUGAUGCCACGCCCCCCUCAUUCAGCACAAGGCAAUCAGGGAAGUGGGAUUGCCCCCAAACCUCACUCCUUUCCAUCUAACCCUCGUUUUCCCUGGAUCUCCCUGCAAGAAAGAGAACUUAUACCAAAAUGUACAAAGAUGUGUGUUUAGAAUAUAUAUAUAUGAAACACAAAACAAGAAAAGGAAAAUUUUAAGAUAAUGUAUUAAGAUUUUUUUUAUCCCGAGAUGUAUUUAUUUUCUUUCUUUCAUUUUUUUUUAAGUGUUUCCCACAUUGCUUGCAUGCUUUUGGCCAUGGUGUUAACCUUUUUGGCUGCUUUUCCUGCUUCUUUCAUACAGGGUUAGUGUGAGUGUUGAGUGCAUGCUAGCAUUCAAGCGACGCUAGCCUUGCACACCCUGAUGAAAUGGCGGGAAUAUAUUCAGACUGAUAGAGGCCAGAGUUGCACUGGUGAUGAAUGGAUCCCAUUGUGUUUAAAAACUCUUGAUUGUGUUGAAGUCUAGAAAUUCAGAUGAAUUCUAGGUGUGGUUUUUAACUAGAAUGAAGAGUCUGAAGGCUCUGAUCUGGUCCUGUUGCAUUUCUGUGCUGCCUCCUCCUCCCCCCCUCUCUCACUGUGAGAUGUAUUUGUCUCUUGUCAGCUCCUUUCUUCCUUUGUGUUUGAUUCAGAACCUCCUCUCCCCUCUGAACACUUAUAGGUGUCGUCCUUCUCGAUUUCCUCACAGCCCAGUGACUUUCAUGCUUAUUUAUCCCCUCCAACACUCUAUAUGUCAUGCUUCCUUGUUUGCCUUUGGGUAUCUUGCCUCUUUCCCCCUCUUCUACAAGGAGCAGCCAUGCUCUUUCUGUAUCAGCUCCAGACAGAAAACGCUGCUUCUUUCUGCUACUGUUGGCGAUGCUGAGCUGACUGCCUGAUAUUCUAAUAAUGUCAUGAAGUUCAACAUAUACUGUAAAAUUAUCAAGUUGGAAGGUUAUGCAUAACUUUAAUAAAUAAAUGGUGCCAUGACACAUUCAAAAAGAAAAA